AUGAAGAGUUUGGGUGAACUUCUCUAUUUUGUAAGUCUUGAGAUCUCUGACUCCUCUGAUGGUUUUUAUUUGUCUCAGACCAAGUAUGCCUCUGACCUUCUUGCUCGGGCUGGUCUCAUUAAUUGCCAGAUAGCUUCCACACCUCUUGAUUGUGACGUUCGUCUUACUUCACUUGAUGACUCUCUUCUUGAGGAUCCUACAUUAUAUCGUCAACUCGUUGGGAGUUUGAUCUAUUUGACUGUCACUCAGUCUGAUUUAGCUCAUGUUGCUCAUAUUGUGAGUCAGUUUAUGGCUGCUCCAAGAACGACACAUCAUUCUGCUGUGUUGCACAUCCUUCGUUAUGUGAAGGGCACUCUAUCGCAUGGUUUACACUUCUCAGCCCAUUCUCCCUUGGCUUUUAGCGGCUAA